AAAAACACUCUUCCCCCACAACUGUCUGUGGUCUGAGGAGGAAGAGGACCACCACCAUGCAGUUUCCUGGUUCUGAUGCCAAUAUACUCUUCAAAAUUGACCAUAACCCAAUUCAGUCAAUCAAAGGCAUGACAUCAUAGACCUUGUAUUUAUAUUAAAUUAGGCCACACCAAAGAGAUCGUCUCUAGUCUAGACUAGUCUUUAGACCACUCAUAUGGAUAGGAAGCUAUUCAAAGCCGCCAUGGAUGGCCAUGUCCACAUCCUCAAGCAAUGCAAUCAACUUGAAUGCCAAUCAACACCAACCAGCAACACUGUCCUCCACAUUGCAUCCCUCUAUGGCCGAUCCCAAUGCGUUGAACAUGUUCUGUCUACGUGCACGGCCCUUUUGAAGACGGUGAAUAAGAAAGGCGAAACUCCGCUCCAUAUUGCUGCCAAGAAAGGCUAUGCUGACAUAGUCGUGGCCCUGAUUGAGUGCGCAAGGACUCAGGGGAACGAUAUGGAGAGCGGGGUUGGAGUGGUGGAGGAAAUGGUGAGGAUGGUGAAUGAGGAGAAGGACACUGCGUUGCAUAUGGCCGCGAGGAACGGGUGGGUGAAGGUGGGGGAGUUGUUGGUGAGGGAAGAUCCGGAGUUCGAGUACUAUGGCAACCGGGCUGGGGAAAGCCCGCUUUACUUGGCCGUGGAGGGGGGGCUUAGGGAGUUGGUGUUUGUGAUUUUGGACAAGGGGAGUUCCCCGGCUCAUGGUGGGCCCAUGGGGAGAACCGCCUUGCAUGCAGCUGUGAUUCGCAACGACAAAGGAAUGACAUUAAAAAUAUUGGAAAAAAAGAAAUUUCUAACCGAAAUAGCUGAUGAAGAUGGAUGGACACCGCUUCACUACGCUGCACACUUCAACCAUGUCAAGAUGGUCAGACUGCUACUAAGACAGGAAAAAUCAGCAGCAUACACCCCAAACAAAGAAGGCAAGACAGCUCUCCACAUUGCAGCUAGUCGAGGUCACACAGAGUCAAUGCAAGAGCUCGUUUCCCAGUGUCCCGAUUGCUGUGAGCUUGUCGAUGGCAGAGGACAGAAUGCUCUUCAUGUUGCUGUGGAAAACAACGAAGCCGGCUCUGUGGGGUUAAUGUUAAAGAAUCCCUUAUUUGGCAGCCUCAUAAAUGAGAAGGAUGUCAAUGGGAACACGCCUCUGCAUCUCUUGGCGACUUGGGGCUGCUAUAUUCGGUCACUUAUUAUUGACCCGAGGGUGGAUAAGUCUGCAUAUAAUGCGGAGAACUUGACAGCCCUCGACAUUGCAACGUGCACUCAUCAAUUCUCAACAUUGAAGAGUCUUGUAAGGCGAGAACUAGCAUUAGCCGGUGCAAAAGGAGGCCUAAGGAAGGUAAUUAACAAAGACGAGGGCGAAAAAGGGGACACAGCACGCGAACACCUCAAAAAAGUAGGGGAAACACAUCUGAUAGUAGCUGCGCUCAUAGCAACUGUGACUUUCACAGCUGGUUUCACCUUACCAGGCGGUAACUGCAGCAACAAUAUGGGUCCAAUCCAAGGCGAUGCAAUUUUUACAAGACAGGCGGCUUUCAAAGCGUUUUUUGUCACGGACACCGUGGCCAUGGUGCUUUCAACUUCUGCGGUGUUCAUGUACUUCAUCACCGCGCUUUAUGCAAACCAAACCAAGCUUUUCAACCGCGUAAUUUGGGCGUUUUGCCUCACAAUCUUGGCUAUGGGAGCAAUGGUGCUUGCGUUCGUGACAGGCACGUAUGCGACUUUGGGAAAUCCGUCAGGACUUGCCAUUGCCACGUGUGUCGUUGGGUGUUGCUUCUUCUUGGUCAAUUUCUUUGUGCUCAAAAAGUUGUAUUUGGACAAGAUUUCAAGAAGAUCACGCUUAUGCGGUAAUUGCCAUGGACACGGACAUGGAGUUGUAUAAAAUUAAGCACACCCACACUCAUCAAGUUAGAUUUUGUUUGUUUUUGCCAAUUGUACAAAUAUAUAAGUACAAACAAAUAAUUAGUAAGCAAUAGCUUUGAUGAGAUUGUGAUGAAA